AUGACCGCUCCUGCUCCGCCCAUAGGCGACAAGAACGCGCUCGAGACGCCGUAUAAGCGUCUCCCCGCGUGGAGUGGGAAGCUGAAGAACGUCAGGUACCGUCUGGCGCUCAUGGCAGUGCUAGCGGCGCUCCUCGCGGGGGUCAUUCUCAUGCUCUACAAUGGCAUUUUCUCGUCCUCGUCGUCCUCCUCCCAGUCAAACGACUCGUCGGCUGCCACUUCGGACAACGUGGUCGUCUACCUCGCCGCCUCUUUGACUGAACUCAUGAACGAUGAUCUAUCACCAGCUUUUACUGCCGCCACAGGCGUCACGCCGUCGUUCGUGGCCAAGGGGUCCGUCAAGCUGGCCAACCUCCUUGCUAAUGGCAGUCAGUCCGACCUUUUCAUCAGUGCUGACGCAUCGGUGAAUACCGCACUGCUCAUGGGAAACGGCAACAACAACUUGAUCUCGUGGUACAUUACAUUUGGUGCAACGUCCAUUGGUCUCGGCUAUUCCCGCGAGUCUCCGUACGCGGACGUGUUUGCAGCGGUGCAGAACGGAUCGCUGUUGUGGUACGAAGCCCUGCAGCAGAACCCAAACAUGAAGAUUGGUCGAACCGACCCGGAAGUUGGCCCCAAAGGCUAUCGUACUGUCAUGAUGCUUGAGUUGGCUGAGAAGUACUACAACACGACCGGUCUCGCGAUGGACAUUUUGGGCUCUGCGACGAAUCGAGACCAGAUCUUCUCAGAGGAACAACUGGCGACAUCAGUGAUGUCGGGGGAUCUUGAUGUUGGGUUUUUCUACGCCGUGGAAGUGGGCAGCUUGAGCAACGUGGAUUUCAUUGCGCUUCCAUCGGAGAUCAAUAUGGGCAGCCUAGCUCUAGACGACACGUAUGCAACUGUGUCGUACACGAACUCCGCAACAGGGACGGUCUACAACGGAUCGGCUACGGUCUACACCGUGACGAUUCUGAACAGUGCGCCGCGCUUGUCGGAGGCAGAAGCGUUCGUUACAUUCCUGCUGUCACCUGACGGACGGAGGAUUUUGACAAAGCAAGGAGUUGAAGCAACUGCAGUUGUUGCCUAUGGCAACACGUCUGCUAUCCCCGCUACAGUUGCAGCAUACUUGUAA